CUCCGUGGUACUUUCGAAUGCAUUUCAGAGGUUCUUUUCGUUUCCAUUGUCUUUUAGGGUGCCAUUAGAAAGAGAUAAUUCAGAGGAGUUUUUAAAACGGGAAGCCAGAGCAACUCAAUUAGCAGAGGAAAUUGAAUCAAGUGCCCAAUACAAAGCUCGGGUUGCCUUGGAAAAUGAUGAAAGAACAGAAGAAGAAAAAUACACUGCUGUUCAGAGAAAUGCUAAUGAACGAGAAGGACAUGGUGUGAACACUAGAGAAAAUAAGUACAUUCCACCUGGACAGAGGAAUAGAGAUGUCCUGUCCUGGGGAAGUGGAAGACAAAACUCACCAAGGAUGGGCCAGUCUGGAUCAGGCCCACCGAUUUCAAGGUCUGGAUCCCAUACUUCAGAAUUCAGUCCUAACUCCGGAGCAGAUCAAAGAGUAGUUAACGGAGGUGUUCCCUGGCCAUCGCCUUGCCCAUCUCCUUCCUCUCGCCCACCUUCUCGCUACCAGUCAGGUCCCAACUCUCUUCCACCUCGGGCAGCCACCCCUACACGGCCGCCCUCCAGGCCCCCCUCGCGGCCCUCCAGGCCCCCGUCUCACCCCUCUGCUCAUGGUUCUCCAGCUCCUGUCUCUACUAUGCCUAAACGCAUGUCUUCAGAAGGGCCUCCACGGAUGUCUCCUAAGGCACAACGGCACCCUCGAGGUCACAGAGUCUCUACUGGUAGGGGUACAAUUUCAAGUGGCUUAGAAUUUGUAUCUCAUAAUGCACCAGGGGAAGCAUCUACUACUGCAGUGGCACGAGGCAGCCCUUCAGGUGGGACGUGGUCAUCAGUUGUCAGUGGGGUUCCGAGAUUAUCCCCUAAAACACACAGGCCUAGGUCCCCAAGGCAGAGCAGCACUCCCACAGGACCAGCUCUGCCUUCUCCUCAGCCUGGUACUAUUCCCACUGAAUCUGUUGCCAUGCCUGUUCCAGCUGCCUCUCCUACACCUGCCAGCCCUGCAUCCAACAGAGCAGUCACCCCUUCCAGCGAAGCUAAAGAUACUAGGCUUCAGGACCAGAGGCAAAAUUCUGCAACUGGAAACAAGGAGAAUAUAAAGCCAAGUGAGACUUCUCCUAGUUUUCCUAAACCUGAAAACAAAGGUGUAUCUCCAAUUGUUUCAGAACAUAGAAAACAGAUUGAUGAUUUAAAGAAAUUUAAGAAUGACUUUAGGUUACAGUCGAGUUCCUCUUCAGAUGCAGUGGAUCAGCUGCUAAACAAAACCCGAGAAGGUGAAAAAUCAAGAGAUGUAGUUAAAGAAAAGACAGAAUCAACCCCUAAAGAAUCUAUCAUAGAAACUGGCAGUAAUACUAACUCUAAUGGUGGCAGUAGCAAACCUAAUAGUCCAAGUAUUUCUCCUUCAAUAAGUAAUAGUUCUGAGCAAAAGCGAGGGCCUGAGGUAACUUCACAAGGUGUACAGACAUCUGGGCCUGGAAGUAAACAAGAUAAAGAGGAUAAAGAAGAGAAGAAGGAUACUUCCGAGCAAGUUAGAAAAUCAACACUUAAUCCCAAUGCAAAAGAGUUCAACCCUCGAUCUUUUGCUCAACCAAAACCUUCUACUACACCAACCUCCCCUCGUCCGCAAGCUCAGCCUAGCCCCUCCAUGGUGGGUCAUCAGCAGCCAACCCCAGUGUACACUCAGCCUGUUUGUUUUGCACCAAAUAUGAUGUACCCGGUUCCAGUGAGUCCAGGCGUGCAGCCUUUGUAUCCUAUUCCCAUGACGCCCAUGCCAGUGAACCAAGCCAAGACAUAUAGAGCAGUACCAAAUAUGCCACAGCAACGGCAAGACCAACAUCAUCAGAGCACCAUGAUGCAUCCUGCCUCAGCAGCAGGCCCUCCAAUUGUAGCUACGCCACCUGCUUACUCAACACAAUAUGUUGCGUAUAGUCCCCAACAGUUUCCUAAUCAGCCUCUUGUGCAGCAUGUGCCACACUACCAGUCUCAGCAUCCUCAUGUAUAUAGCCCUGUAAUACAGGGCAACGCUAGAAUGAUGGCACCACCUACACACGCACAGCCUGGUUUAGUAUCUUCUUCUGCAACACAGUAUGGUGCGCAUGAACAGACGCAUGCUAUGUAUGUUUCCACUGGCUCACUUGCUCAGCAGUAUGCCCACCCUAAUGCUACCCUGCAUCCGCAUCCUCCGCAUCCUCAGCCUUCUGCCACACCAACUGGCCAGCAGCAAAGCCAACAUGCUGGAAGCCACCCUGCUCCUAGCCCCGUGCAGCAUCAUCAGCAUCAGGCUGCUCAGGCACUCCACCUGGCAAACCCGCAACAGCAGUCGGCAAUUUACCACGCAGGUCUAGCUCCAACCCCACCUUCCAUGACGCCAGGCUCCAAUACGCAGUCUCCACAAAAUAGUUUUCCUACAGCACAACAAACAGUCUUCACCAUUCAUCCCUCCCAUGUUCAACCUGCAUAUACCAAUCCGCCACACAUGGCCCAUGUCCCCCAGGCUCAUGUACAGUCAGGAAUGGUUCCUUCUCACCCAACUGCCCAUGCUCCAAUGAUGCUAAUGACGACACAGCCACCUGGUGGUCCCCAAGCCGCCAUCGCUCAAAGUGCACUACAGCCCAUUCCAGUCUCGACAACAACACAUUUCCCCUAUAUGACGCACCCUUCAGUACAAGCCCACCACCAACAGCAGUUGUAAGGCUCAUCUGGAAUAACUGAAAGGCUGGAUACCUUUUGUAGGCCAAAUACCCUCCUUCUACUGCUUCUGCCAACUGGAAGCACAGAAAACUAGAAUUUCAUUUUAUUUUGUUUAAAAAAAAAAAAAAAAUUGAUUUCUUGUAACAUCCACUAGGAAUGCUAACAGUUCAUCUUGCAGUGGGAGAGAUUCGGACUGAGUAGAGGCAUUUAGGAACUUGUGGGCUAUUCCAUAAUUCCAUGCACUGUAUCUGAGUCCUGCAAGUGCCCCAACUCUGCUUGCUGAAAACUGGAAGUUAUUUAUUUUUUAAUGACCCUUCAAAGUUAUGAACUCAUCAGCUAGCAAAAGAAGUAACAAGAGUGAUUCUUGCUGCUAUUAUCACUAAAAAUCAAGACUUGGAGAUCCCUUUUACUUCUAACUAAACUUGAAACAGGUUCAGUAAAAAAAAAAAAUUCUAAUCGUCAAACUGAUGAAUUAUUAUUUAUAAAUCACGUUUGAUGAGAUAAUCACUAUCGUGAGACAGUGAUGUAACUUUUAAGUUAAGAAAACUUUUACUUUGUAGAUAAUAUAAAAUAAAAACUUAAAAAAAAAUUAAAAAAUAAAAAAAGUUUUAAAAACUGA